UGCCGGGCGACGGAGGCGCGGGGGCCUGACGUCAAGGCCCGAUGGCCGCCCGCCCGCCCGGCGGCAUGGAGGCGGCAGGGACGGGGCCGGGCCGCAGGCAGCGCUGAGAUGGACCUCAAGGGCCAGUACUGGACGGACGAUGACUCCGAUGGGGACAAUGAGUCCGAGGAGUUCCUCUAUGGGGUACAGGGAACCUGUGCCGCCGACCUGUACCGACACCCACAGCUGGACGCCGACAUCGAGGCUGUGAAGGAGAUCUACAGCGAGAAUGCUGUGUCCGUCAGGGAGUAUGGGACCAUCGACGACGUGGACAUCGACCUCCAUGUGAACAUCAGCUUCCUCGAUGAGGAGGUGGCAACAGCCUGGAAGGUGCUUCGGACUGAGCCCAUCGUCCUGCGCCUGCGCUUCUCCCUCUCCCAGUACCUCGAUGGCCCCGAACCGUCCAUCGAGGUCUUCCAGCCAUCCAACAAGGAGGGCUUCGGGCUGGGGCUGCAGCUGAAGAAGAUCCUGGGCAUGUUCACAUCGCAGCAAUGGAAGCAUCUCAGCAACGACUUCCUGAAGACCCAGCAGGAGAAGCGGCACAGCUGGUUCAAAACGAGCGGCACCAUCAAGAAGUUCCGAGCCGGCCUCAGCAUCUUCUCCCCCAUCCCCAAGUCUCCCAGCUUCCCUGUCAUCCCAGACUCAGUGUUGAAGGGCAAGCUGGGUGCUCCCGAAGUGCGCGUCAACCGCCUGAUGAACCGCUCCGUCUCCUGCACGGUGAAGAACCCCAAGGGAGAGGUGUUCGGCUACACCCCCAGCACCCAGGCAGGUGUUGCUCCCUUCAACAUCCUGGUCGGUGGCCACUGUAAGAACGUCCCCACGCUGGAGUAUGGCUUCCUCGUCCAGAUCAUGAAGUAUGCAGAGCAGCGCAUCCCAACGCUCAACGAGUACUGCGUGGUGUGUGACGAGCAGCACGUCUUCCAGAACGGCUCCAUGCUCAAGCCGGCUGUGUGCACCCGGGAGCUGUGUGUCUUCUCCUUCUACACCCUGGGUGUGAUGUCCGGUGCAGCAGAAGAGGUGGCCACAGGCGCUGAGGUGGUGGACCUGCUGGUGGCCAUGUGCCGCGCUGCGCUGGAGUCCCCCCGCAAAAGCAUCAUCUUCGAGCCUUAUCCCUCCGUGGUGGACCCCAACGACCCCAAAACACUUGCCUUCAACCCCAAGAAGAAGAACUACGAGCGGCUGCAGAAGGCGCUGGACAGCGUGAUGUCCAUCCGGGAGAUGACCCAGGGCUCCUAUCUGGAGAUCAAGAAGCAGAUGGACAAACUGGACCCACUGGCACAUCCCCUUCUGCAGUGGAUCAUCUCCAGCAACAGAUCCCACAUUGUCAAGCUGCCCCUCAGCAGGCUGAAGUUCAUGCACACCUCGCACCAGUUCCUCCUGCUGAGCAGCCCCCCAGCCAAGGAGGCCCGGUUCCGCACCGCCAAGAAGCUCUACGGCAGCACUUUUGCUUUCCAUGGCUCUCACAUUGAGAACUGGCACUCCAUCCUGCGCAACGGGCUGGUCAACGCGUCCUACACCAAGCUGCAGGUACCGCUCGCCGAUGCCGGUUCCGGAUCCGGGCAGGUGGGGAGGGAUGCGGGCAGCCCCAGGGGUGCUGUGGCCGUGCCUCGUGCCCACGCUGCCGCGGGUGCCGCGUUGCUCACCCCGGUGUUUUCCUGCAAGCUGCAUGGAGCAGCCUAUGGCAAGGGCAUCUAUCUGAGCCCCAUCUCCAGUAUUUCCUUUGGAUACUCAGGGAUGGGGAAAGGGCAGCACCGGAUGCCUUCAAAGGACGAGCUGGUGCAGAGGUACAACCGGAUGAACACCAUCCCCCAGACCCGCUCCAUCCAGUCCCGCUUCCUCCAGAGCCGUAACCUGAACUGCAUCGCGCUUUGCGAAGUCAUCACCUCCAAGGACCUGCAGAAGCACGGCAACAUCUGGGUCUGCCCCGUCUCGGACCACGUCUGCACCCGCUUCUUCUUUGUGUACGAAGACGGCCAAGUGGGAGACGCCAAUAUCAAUACUCAGGACCCCAAAAUCCAGAAGGAGAUCAUGCGUGUGAUCGGCACUCAGGUGUACACAAACUGAACAGCGGGGACCCUGCUGCGGGGUGCUGAGCGACGGCCCCGGUCAGGGAUGGGCGCGUGGGGUUGGCAGUGGGCGCUGGCGUGUGGGGAUGCCGGAGGGUCGCAGUGGGGCCAUGGCUCCCCCCUGCACAUAGGUGAGCAGUGGGGAGCGGGCUGCCAGUUCCCUUGUCCCCUACACCCCAUCCCUGACCCCGUGCUGGUGGCCGUCCCUCCUCGCGUUUGUGGCGAUGGCGUUUUUAUCGAUGAGAAACCGAAGCAAAAAAAUCCCAAAGGAAUAGAUACAAACAAACAAAAAAAAAAAAAAAAAAGA